AACACUAGGCCGAAAAUUGAAAAACGCAAACCCCUAUAAUUUUUCUUUCCACCGCCUCCUAGUUCUCAUCUUCUUCUUCUUCACAGCUCCUCUCGUUCUCUCCCACCUCUUCGCCUUUGCUCAUUAUUCAUUGCUCGCUCUAGACUCACAGCCUGUCAACUCUCCGGAGAUGCCGCUUACUUGGGCCUUAAAACUGUCGAAGAAGGCGGAAGUUUGAUCCAUCUUCCUGGUGGCUUCCGAAGAGAGAUAUCCCUCCACAAAUCUAAACUUUACUUGGUACCCAAGUUUCCCGCCCUUCUGGUAUUUGAAAUCCCAUCGUAGUAAACAUGGCGACCAGAUCCGAGAAGAUGAGAUCAGAUACUGAAAGACAGUGGGGCCAAUAUCCAAAGCGAAGUUGGUCAUUGCAAGACUUUGAGAUCGGAAAACCACUCGGCAAAGGAAAAUUCGGCCGAGUUUAUCUCGCCCGAGAAACCAAGAGCAAAUACAUAGUAGCAUUGAAGAUUAUAUUCAAGGAGCAAAUGGAGAAACACUCGAUGCACCAUCAACUUAGGCGUGAGAUGGAGAUUCAGACCAGUCUUAGGCAUCCCAACGUUCUUCGACUCUUCGGCUGGUUUCACGAUUCUCAACGCAUCUUCUUGAUUCUUGAGUACGCUCAUGGCGGCGAGCUCUAUGGGGAGCUUCGGAAAAAUGGUCAUUUCUCUGAAAACCAAGCCGCCACGUAUAUUUUAAGCCUUGCACAAGCGCUGGCGUAUUGUCAUGAGAAGCAUGUAAUUCAUAGAGAUAUAAAGCCAGAAAAUUUGUUGCUUGACCAUCAGGGUCGGUUGAAAAUUGCAGACUUUGGAUGGUCUGUUCAGUCGAGUAGCAAGAGGCAUACCAUGUGUGGAACUUUGGAUUACUUAGCACCAGAAAUGGUGGAGAAUAAAGCUCACGAUUACGCUGUUGAUAACUGGACUUUGGGUAUUCUUUGUUACGAGUUUCUAUAUGGGGCACCUCCAUUUGAGGCUGAAACUCAAAGAGAUACAUUCAGAAGAAUAUUGAAAGUUGAUUUGUGCUUCCCUCUGACACCUAAUGUUUCUCAAGAAGCCAAAAAUCUCAUUAGCAGGCUUCUAGUAAGAGAAUCAUCGAAGAGACUAUCUCUGCGGAACAUUCUGGAGCACCCUUGGAUUAUCAGGAAUGCAGAUCCCAGUGGCAUCUGCAAUAACUAGUAUUUCUGCUCUUGGUGGAUGUUCAAGAAUUGACCAGAACUGGGUCACAGUUUCUGUUAAUAUUUUAGCCAAAAGGCAAUGCAACUUCUUAACCACAAUCGAUGCUAGAUUUUAUGUGUCAUAGUAGGUGGUCCUUGUAUUCUUUUUCUUUUUCUUUCAAAGAUCAAUAUUAUGCCUUGUGAACUAAUGUAUUCAGAGAUGACAUACGAUUUUAUGUCAAAUAUUUUGUAACUACUGAGAGCAGACACUGAACUAAUGUGAACUUUUACACGAAAUCGUGAACAAAGAAACAAGUAUGAAAAGAGCUUGGAACUUUUGG